AUGCCAUACCGAUCUCGCUGGUCCAUUCCGCUGCCGCAGUGCUCCUUUCCAACUUUUUUGUUCGGCUCCCCUCACAAAGAUCCGGGUGACAAGAAAGCGUACGUCGACUCUAGGCGCCCAGAGGAGCUCUUUCUCACUCGCAAGGCAUUCCGUCUUUGGUCGCAGCGUGUCGCGUUGGGCCUCCUCAAAAGCACCAAUUUCCAGCCUGGAGAUCGAAUCUUGGUUUUCUCGGGAAAUACCCUUGCCACGCCCGUUGCGUUCAUGGGCAUUGUUAUGGCAGGAGGUGUCUUUACAGGGGCAAACCCGACCUUUACUCCCAGAGAGUUGGCAUAUCAGCUGCGUGACUCGGAUGCGACUUAUCUUUUCUGCUCGGACGCUUCCAUCGACACCGGCAUUGAAGCUGCCAAACAGGCCGGUCUGGAUAAGAGCCGCGUGUAUGUCUACAAUGAGAGUGUGUUCUUAUGUGACAAGGCCAGCCAACGGGGGUUGAAAGGGUGCAGGUCCUGGUCUGAACUGAUCGCGCCGGCAGAAGAAGCUCAAGAUUUUCAGUGGGAUGAGCUGGAUGGAGACAAGUGCCACAAAACGAUCGCCCUCAACUACUCCUCGGGCACGACCGGGGUGCCCAAAGGUGUUGAAGUGACACACUACAACUACAUCGCCAACACACUUCAAUACAACCAUCUCCCCACCCUUGCCCCGAACUAUGUCGAAAUGAAUGAUAGAUCCAGAUGGCUCUGUUUCUUACCUCUCUACCAUGCCAUGGCCCAAACAAUUUACAUUGCAGGCGCUCUCCUUCGGGGGAUUCCAGUCUACAUUAUGCCCAAGUUCGACUUUGUGGAGAUGUUGGGGAAUAUCGAAAGAUUCAGAAUCACCGAUCUCACGAUUGUUCCUCCCAUUGCUGUGGCUCUGACCAAGCAUCUUGCCGCGAAAACAGCCGACCUGAGUAGUAUCGAAACUAUGAAUUGCGGCUCCGCUCCGCUGGGAAGCGAUAUCUGCCGUGCGAUAGAGAAGUUGUGUGGCGGCAAUUUCAAUAUGAAACAAGGCUGGGGUAUGACGGAAGUGACCUGCUCCUUGUUAGGGUGGGACCCGAACAAAAUUUCCACGUCCUUUGGUGUUGGCGAGCCUAACGCUAACUGUGAAGCCAAGAUCGUGAAAGUAAUGACAGACUUCCGUGGCAAUGAAUCCUUCUCCGAGGUCACUGAGCGUGGCGCUGAGCACACUGGUGAGCUGUGGUGUCGUGGCCCUAAUGUCAUGAAAGGGUACUGGCGCAAUCCAACGGCAACGAAGAAUGCUUUUUCCCCUGACGCCGAGCGCUGGCUGAGGACCGGAGACAUUGCUUACGUCGAUGACGAAGGGUGCUUUUACAUUGUCGACCGCAUCAAGGAACUGAUCAAGGUAAAAGCAAACCAAGUGGCUCCAGCCGAACUUGAGUCUCUGAUCCUUGAGCAUCCGGCCGUCGCCGACGUGGCCGUGAUCGGCGUCCCUACCACAGACGGCGACGAAAGGCCCCGUGCAUUUGUGCUACGGCAACCACAUAUCCAAGUUUCUGAGCAAGAGAUUUUUGACUAUGUCAAGGAGAGGACUGUGGCUUAUAAGUGGCUGACGGCCGGGGUGCAAUGGGUCGAUGCGAUUCCCAAAAACCCCUCGGGAAAGAUCCUGAGGAGGCAGCUUCGAGAGGCUUCCAAAAUUCAGUCCGUGCAAGCUAGAUUAUAG